UUCCUGGGAUUCUCAGGACAGGAGCAGGCUGUGACAAGCCCUCGGUGUGUCCUGCAGGUGGCCCAUGUCCCCGGAGGAUGAGCAAGCCCCCGGAGCUGCAGCACGACCUGGAACGAAGCCUCCCCGCCAUCGCCUCCAUCAGCUCCUCCCUCUCGCAGAGCCAGGGCUUUUCCCCUUAUUUCCUCUCCCCGGAGAAGAGAAAAGCCAUCUCAGAUGUGAGGAGAACCUUCUGCCUCUUCGUCACCUUCGACCUGCUCUUCAUCUCCCUGCUGUGGAUCAUCGAGCUCAAUACCAAGGUGGGCAUCAAGGAGAACCUGAAGGAUGAAAUCAUCAACUACAAAUUCAAGACUUCAUUCUUUGAUAUCUUUCUCUUGGCUCUGUUUCGGUUUCUGGUGCUGCUCCUGGGCUACGCCGUGCUGCGCCUGCGCCACUGGUGGGUCAUCGCGGUCACCACACUGGUGUCCAGUGCCUUCCUGAUUGUCAAGGUCAUCCUCUCCGAGCUUCUGACCAAAGGGGCUUUUGGGUAUUUACUUCCCAUUGUCUCAUUUGUCAUUGCUUGGCUGGAGACCUGGUUCCUGGAUUUUAAAGUCCUAACUCAGGAAGCAGAAGAGGAACGAUGGUUCCUGGCAGCCCAGGCUGCAGCCUCGAGGCCUCUGCUGUACCCCAGAGCCCUCUCCGAGGGACAGUUCUACUCCCCACCCGAGUCCUUUGCAGGAAAAGGAGUAUGUCCGACAAGGCAAAGAGGCCAUGGAGGUUGUGGACCAAAUCCUCGCUCAGGAGGAGAACUGGAAGUUUGAGAAAAACAAUGACUUUGGUGAUGUUGUUUACACUUUUGAAAUCCCUUUCCACGGCAAGACCUUUAUUUUAAAGGCUUUCCUGCAGUGCUCCCCUGAAAUGGUUUACCAGGAGGUGAUUCUGCAGCCCGAGAAGAUGAUCCUGUGGAACAGAACAGUGGCAGCUUGCCAGAUCUUGCAGCGGGUUGAGGACAACACGAUCGUCUCGUACGACGUGGCGGCCGGAGCUGCUGGCGGGGUGGUGUCCCCAAGGGAUUUCGUGAACGUGCGUCGGAUCGAGAGGAGGAGGGACAGGUACGUGUCCUCAGGGAUGUCGACCACGCACAGCCUGAAGCCUCCGCUCUCCAAGUACGUCAGGGGUGAGAAUGGACCUGGAGGAUUCAUCGUGCUGAAAUGUCCCAGCAAUGCCAAGGUCUGCACCUUCAUCUGGAUUCUCAACACGGAUCUGAAGGGUCGCCUGCCCAAGUACCUGAUCCACCAGAGCCUGGCUGCCACCAUGUUUGAGUUCGCCUUCCACCUGCGCCAGCGCGUGGCCGAGCUCUGCUCCAAGCCCUGAGAACCUUCCAGAACCUUCUCUGCUCUCUGGGCCGAGCUCUGCCCAAGCCCUGAGGACAUUCUGGCCCUCUCUGGCCAUGGGGACAGGAGCCUGCACCCCCCCAGGCAAGGAGGGGUCCCCUCAAUACCAGCCAGGGGGGCUCAGCCUCUCCUCCCACCAAUGCUCAGGUGGGCUUGGACCCGACUGUUCUGUGCCAAAUCCCUGCCCUGGGGGCUGGGCAGGGCCCCCCCUCCCCAAAAUCAGGUUGGGGGCUCAGCUGGCACCCCCAGAUUGGUGUCACUGAGAUCCUCAGAUUGCUGUCAGUGGUACCCCCAGAUUGGUGUCAUUGGCACCCCCAGGUUGGUGCGACUGGCACCCCCAGGUUGGUGUUGCUGAGAUCCCCAGAUUGGUGUCAUUGGCACCCCCAGAUCGCUGUCAGUGGCACCCCCAGAUUGGUGUCAGUGGCACCCUAGAUUGGUGUCAGUGGCACCCCCAGGUUGGUGUCACUGGCACCCCCAGAUUAAUGUUAGUGGCACCC